CACUACAAAGAAAAUAAAAUGGGUUACGUUGUAAUAAUAUUGCUUCUCAUUCUGCUCCUCAUCGGCUACAAGUGGCUGUUCUCUUCCAAAACGCACCGUCUCCAACUGCCGCCGGGUCCACUGGCGUUGCCCAUCGUCGGCCACCUGAAUCUCCUCAAACCGCCGAUCCACCGCCUCUUCCUCCGGCUCUCCGAAACGCACGGACCCAUCUUCUCCCUCCGGUUCGGGUCCCGCCGAGUCGUGGUGGUCUCGUCCUUGUCGCUUGCCAGGGAAUGCUUCACUGGCCAGAACGACAUCGUUUUGUCGAAUCGUCCACGUUUUCUCACCCCAAAGUACGUAGCCUACAACUACACGACCGUCGGGACCUCCCCUUACGGCGACCACUGGCGGAACCUCCGCCGCAUCUGCUCCCUCGAGAUCCUCUCCACUCACCGCCUCACUAACUUCCUCCCGAUCCGUAAGGACGAAAUCCGGCGGAUGCUCACGAGACUCGCACGUGACAACAACAACAGCGGAGUGGAUUUUCGGCACGUGGAGAUUGAGCCUCUCUUGUCGGACUUAACGUUCAACAACAUCGUGAGAAUGGUGACCGGAAAACGAUACUAUGGGGACGAGGUCCACAACGAGGAAGAGGCCAACUUGUUCAAAAAUCUCGUGACCCUUAUCAACGAUAACAGCGGGGCUAGCCAUCCGGGUGAUUAUUUGCCUGUCUUGAAAGUCUUCGGACACAAGUACGAGAAGAAAGUUAAGGCUCUUGGUGAAGCCAUGGACGAGUUCUUGCAGGGUUUGCUCGAUGAAUGUCGGAGAGACAGAGAUGGAAACACUAUGGUCAACCACUUGCUGUCUUUGCAAGAACAUGAGCCCGAAUACUACACAGACGUGACCAUCAAAGGCCUCAUGCUCGGCAUGAUGAUAGCCGGGACCGACACCUCUGCCGUUACGCUGGAAUGGGCAAUGGCCAACUUGCUGAACCACCCUCAAGUCCUAGAAAAGGCAAAAGCCGAGAUAGAUGGAAAGGUUGGUCAAGACCGUUUGAUCGACGAACCAGACAUUGCUGACCUGCCGUACCUCCAAAACGUCGUGUCCGAGACAUUCCGGUUAUACCCGGCGGCCCCGCUCUUGGUCCCUCGCUCGCCCACAGAGGACAUAACGAUAGGAGGGUACCACGUGCCACGUGACACGAUCGUGCUGGUGAACGCGUGGGCCAUCCACAGGGAUAAGGAGCUGUGGGCUGAGCCAGAAAGGUUUAAACCGGAACGGUUUGAUAACCGAGCCGGGUGUGAACCGGACGUUCACAAGCUGAUGCCUUUCGGGAACGGACGAAGGGCUUGUCCCGGGGCUGGUUUGGGCCAGAGGAUUGUGACAUUGGUUUUAGGGUCGUUGAUUCAGUGUUUUGACUGGAAGAAUGUCAACGGAGAAAGGAUCGAUAUGACGGAGACGCCAGGAAUGGCAAUGCGGAAGAUGGUGCCUUUACGAGCCACGUGCCGAGCUCGACCCAUCAUGCAUAAGCUUUUGGCUCCAUGAAUAUUGGAUUCAUGCUAUACUCUUCGAACGUAUUCUGGAUUUUAUGCUCUCAUAUGAUCCCUUCGAAUUCCAAAUUUUAAAAUAAACUCUGUAUUUUAAAUAAGUUUGAGUUUUAUAAACAAGUCGUUUAAUUAUCGACGGAUCCAAUGAU